GCACAAAACAUAACACGAGACUUGGGAAGGUGCGACACAAGCAAUCUUGGACGGAUAUAACACCUCUCUGGCUCCUUCCUUCGAACCUGGAUUUACUGGAUCCUCGCAUCAUCGAACGCUCCCACGAACAAUGGUAUCAACGCGACGAGCGCAGACGAGCGCGACACCUCCGACGACGCCGUCAGCCGAACGAACAGCCCAAGUGUCGGCAUCUGUGCCUGGAAGCAGCAAGAAGAUGAGCAAGGAACUGCGUCGCCUGACGAUUGAUGCCAACCCCAGUCUUGGAGGAGUCGCCUCGUCAUCGUCGGCAACGAGGAGAAGCCGGCGCAGCGGAAUGCGACAGGAACUAUUGCCCGAAACACAACAAGAUCAAGCGCCACACCAGCUACUGCCUGAAGGAGGAGUCCUGUUGACACCGUCGCCAUCCGAUUCGCCAAACUCUCCCCAUCUACGGCCGACCAAUGAGACGUCCAACACCGACGCCGUUCAUGAACGAGUGCCUUCUCCUGCCGUCAAACAAACACAAGCCCCUGCGCAGACCAGCAACCCUCAGGCCACUCCUUCGAUCAAGUCACCAGCUCUCACUACCAAGUCAGCCGGCAAACGCAAGAUUACCCAGUACUUCAGCGCCGUUCCUGCCCAGCUCAAAAGCAACAAGCGUCGCAAGAUUGACGACUCGAAUCUCGAUCCGCCAACUCUCCAAGACACCCAGAGUGUACCCGAACUUCCUGUCACGGCACCUGUGCCAAUCCCAACAGCUGCCAGUGCACCUGAGAUCAUACCUGAUGUUGUGGAAGAGCCGGAGCAAAAGGCUGAAGAGCACAAGGAUGAGCCAGUCGCAGAGAGGGUAGUGCAAGCGGUAGCAGAUACCCCAGAAGAGAAAGAGCCGGACAAGCCACGAGAAGCAGAGCAUGAACAAAACCACGCCACGGCUGAGGAGGACACUAUCAAGGCAGAGGUGAAGAGUGAAGCGGACGAGAAGAAGGCGGCAAAGCGAGAACGCGAGUUGAAGCGUCUACAAAUCGAUGCCAAACCUGCUCUGAUCGACAAACGUUCAAGAAGACAGACGACGCUUCCACUGGCUCGUGAAGUUCGCGACGUCAGUGAAGACACGCGACCUGUCAAACGUCAACGUCUCAGUCUCCCUGCUGUAGCUGGCCCUGCAACCGCACCCGAGCCAACACCCACUCCUGCAGAAGUGCCGGAACAGAUACUGGAAGAGGUUGCCGAAGAAAUCAAGGUCUCUGAGAAUGUUCCACCGAUCGAAGAGGUAUUGGCCACUGCUCCAGAACCCAACCCACCUGUUUUCCCUGCUGGCACGGAUCCCAAGCUGCUUGCAUCUGGCGAGGUGAACGAUAAAUGGCUCACGAAAUGGUUGGGUUACGUCGCCCAUAUCACUGGCGACGAUGAUACCUCCAGAAUCCUCACCGAGGAAGACGCCAAAGAACUCAUCAAACCCGAUCGCAGUGAAGAAAGCGAUCAAGAUCGACACAAGAGGAUCAGCACUGAACUUGACGUGGUGGCUGGCUGGGAUAGUGCUGUGAUUCCAGAAGAAGCCAUCCAGUCAAGUCCUGAAAUGCCUGAACCUGUCAAGCCUCCAAUUAAGAAGGCGAAGAAACAGAGAUUCAACCCGAAACCCAAGGGCCAGCCUUAUAUCCCAAAAGCCAAGAGGAAGGCCAUGGAAGCCAAGGAGGCAAAAGAGAAGAAGCUGGCGGCCGAGAAAACAGAGGAACAUGUUCAAGUCGCGCAACCUGUCGAGUCCACUUCCAAGGAGGUGGCAGCUUCUAACAUAGUCUCGAAGGCGGAGGAGGUUGUUUCCACGCCAGUUUUGAACAUUGAAAAGCCUGUGGCGAAACAAGUCGAGGCAGACUCCACUCCAGUUCUGAAGGAAAAGAAGCCGCCAGCAAAGAAAGAAGCCGAAGCUGCACCAACCGACUGGCUCACUGAUUUGAUGAACGCCACAGAAACCGUCAAGCCGGAGGAGGAACAACCCAAGAAGCCUAGGAAGACUUCCAAAGGAAAGGGAAAGGCCAAGGUCGUUUAAGAGAUGAUGAUCUCCUAUGUACUCAUCGGAUGGAUUGAAAGCAGAGGAGUCAAGGCAUUGUGGCAUGAGGCGUUGUAUUCUUACAUUUUUGCGUAAGCAUUGGCAUUCUCUUUUUCUUGAGCAGCGGCGUUUCUGGCGUGCUUUCAUAUCAUUGUUAUCUAGCAUUUCAAUACUUGAGCAUCUUUCAUCACUCAAUACGAUAAUAUUCGACAAUCCACUC